GUCGAUUUUGUUGGGUAGCUCUACUUGUCAGGUUGGAAAGGUUAAUGGCUGGGAGUCAAUUCAAUAUUUUUUCUUGGUGAGCAGUUCUACUUGCCAGCCCCAUAUAAAAGGUUUCUUUGAGCGUCCUACGAGCAAACUCAUUGACAUAAAUCUCUCUCUCUUUCUCUCUCUCUGGCCCCCGUCUUUUGUGCCCAUUUUAAGUAACCAACAGGUAUACGCACUAAGAGAGAGAGAGGAGGGAGAAAGAGAGGGAGGGAGGGAGAUCAGAGAUUUGCGACAAUGGAUCAUGGUGGAUUUCUUUGUAGUAUAUUUGUUCUGUGGCUUCUCGCAUCCAGCUUCAGUUUCAAUACUCUUGCAGAAGCCCAAGGCGUUGGUGUGAACUAUGGAAUGUUGGGCAAUAACCUUCCAACACCAGAAAAGGUGGUCGCCCUCUACACCUCAAGAAAUGUCACAAAGCUCCGAAUUUUCAACCCUGACGCUAAUGCCCUAAAAGCUCUUGAGGGUUCUGGAAUUGAAGUCAUCCUAGGAACAUACAAUCAAGACCUCCAAAAGCUCUCUAGUGAUCAAUCCUAUGCCACCAACUGGGUGCAAACCAAUGUAAUCCCUUAUGCAAAUUCUGUUAAUUUCCGCUACAUAAACGCUGGAAAUGAAGUCAUUCCUGGUGACCUUGCUACCUAUGUCCUCCCUGCCAUGCAAAACCUUGAUACUGCACUGAAGGCUGCCAAUAUUUCAAUUCCAGUUACAACAGCAGUGGCAACAACAGUGCUAGGAACAUCAUAUCCUCCAUCUCAAGGUGCAUUCUCAGAGUCAGCAAGUUCCUCCAUGGCAUCAAUUGUCUCGUUCUUGGAAUCCCAAAAGUAUCCACUUCUUGUCAAUGCAUAUCCCUAUUUUGCCUAUGCCAACAGCCCCAAUGAAGUCCGGUUGGAUUAUGCCCUCUUCACAGCUCAAGGGGUGGUGGUGCAAGAUGGCCAAUUGGGCUACACCAACCUCUUUGAUGCUAUAGUGGAUGCAACCUACUCGGCAUUGGAGAAGGCUGGAGGAUCUAAUGUUGAUAUUGUGGUUUCAGAGACUGGUUGGCCAUCAGGUGGUGGCGCCGUCGGAGCAACAGUAGACAAUGCAAGAACAUACAACAAUAAUAUGGUGGCUUAUGCACUCAAUAACACAGGGACACCUAGGAGGCCAGGGAAGGGGAUCGAGACGUACUUAUUUGCUAUGUUUAAUGAGAAUCAAAAACCUGCAGGGACUGAACAGUACUUUGGAUUAUAUCGCCCGGAUAUGACUGAAGUUUACCACGUUGAUUUCUCUUCUUAGAAUACCUUUAAGUAGAUAGAUGAGUAUUAGAGAAUGUUUAUGUUUGUAUCAGGUCUUCCCUUUAGUCGUAGGUCAUGAGAGAAUAGAAAGCAGGUUUGUGGAUUCAUUUAUUGCAUGCUGAUGUUUAAUAUGAGGACUGGGGAACGAGGAAUAUUAUUAUUUGUUUGUUUAUAUACAUACAUACAUUAGUAGGCUUGGCUUACAUUAAACUAA